UUUAGACAAAGGAUGCUAUGAUUUUUGCGCAGUUUUCGUGCGGUUUUCGGAGCUAAAGGACGCAGCAGCGGUAGCAACAGCAGCAGGAGCAGAAAAAGCAACCGAAGAGGCAGCGCGAUAAAGAAUAGCAAAGGAGUUGUGUUUUUUGCAGUGUGGCGUGUGAGAAACAAUUGAAAACAAUCUUUUGUGCGAGAUAAAAACGCGUGUUGAAAAAGUGCUCCAUCAAGAAUAAGAAAAUUAAAGCCUGUGAGAAGGUGAAAAAACGGGCAGGUGAGGGGGCUCUUGAGCUCUGCAAGGACCCUUGGAUUACCUUGCGGGGCAAGCGGAAUCAGCCAGCGAGUUCGCCGCCGGGCGGAACUCCGGCAGAAGCUGAACAAGAGACAGCGAGAGAAAAGGCAGAAGAAGCCAAGCGCGAAGCAGAUCAGAUCCACAAGAAAAGGGACAUAAGAAGCAGAGACUGCGCCGUCGACAUUCGCCUUCCAUUAAGUGCCAAAAGCGAAAGGGAAACAGGAGGAGAAAGAAGGGGAGCCCCGAAAGAAGGAAGGUUUCUCUGUUUCUUUACAACAACAUAUUUGUGAGCCAAAAAAGACAACGAGGCCGGCGCGGACCCCGGGCAGAAGUGGCAGCAGCAGCACCACCAGCAACUGUUCAACCGACGGAGUCGCGGCGCUGCAGCGGCGACUGAGCAAUCGGGAGGGGAAACCAGCAACAGCUGCAGCAACGCUUUCGGGAGGGGCACGCGCACGCUCACUGCUCACUGCUCACUGCUCACUGAUGGCGGAGAAGAUGCUGAAGAAGAUGAUGAUGCCAGUCAGCCUCAAGAGCCACAACACAAUGCCAAGUGCCAGCAACAGCAAGAACAACAGCAGCAGCAGCAGCAGCUACAGCAAGCAGUGCAAAAGGGAAAAUUAAGUGCCAAAGGCAAAACCAGCCAAGAACAGCCAACAGAUUUUCACGAGCGCAGAAAACUCAAAACUAAAUUUACAUAACAAAACAAGACAAAAACAAGACAGAGAACAAGCAGUAGAGUGCAGGAGAAGAAGCAGGGUAAGCAGUGUACGAGUAGCGUGAGAAGCGAGCCUCCUCAAGCCUCCCGAAAACGCAAUCAAGAGACGCCAACAACAGCAGCAACCGCAGCAGAAUCGUUCGCGGCAACCGCAGCAGCAUGCCAUCUGCAUUGGGCGGCAGCAGAGGGCGUGGCAGCCAGGGAAGCACCUUGUGGGUGCUCCUCCUGCUGGCCACAGCUGCACUCAGUAGCAGAGCAGCGCCCACAUCGGAGGUAGCGGUGGAGCAGCCCCACUUGCGGGUUGGGGUGCAAGGCGACAUGCCCGCCCUGGUUGUGAAGGCAACCACCGCCAACGCAACACCGAAGGAAGGCAGUAGCAGCAGCAGCAGCAGCACACCUGAGAGCACUCCCACCGAGCUGCCAGAUGUCACGGGAAGACCAGAGUUGGACAAAAAAGUGCCAAAGACAAACAUAAAACCUCCAGCCGUUUUUCCCAGCGAGACUGGCACCACCAGCAGCAGAACCACCAAGACCACACUUAUGGGCAAUGCAACGACUGGAAAAACACCAACAACAAAAAUAGACAGCGAUGACCACUUGCCGCUGCCACCGGCGGUGGUGCAGUUGAUGGACUUGGAGCACACAGAGGCCCCACCCAUGAACAGUGGACACGACGGCCUCAAGCUGACCAGAAAGAAGCAGCUGCAGCAGCAGCAUUUCCCCACACCAGCCACCGCAACCACUUCACCCACCGUGGAAAGCAAGACCAGAGCAAGCAAAUCCACCAGAGCCACCAGAACCACCAGAACCACCAUAACAACGACAACGGCAACAACCGCAAUUGAAUCGGAAAUGGAAAGGAUCCCAACCACCACCAGCAGUAGUGCGAGCAGCAUCACCGCCCCGCAACCACCAACUCCCAUCUCCAGCUCCGGUGAUGAUGCCAGUUCCGGAACGGGACAUGAGCCAGCCCUGGUGCCCGUGCACAAUGGGUACUUGGGUCCGAUUUUCAUGGGUGAGAAGACGUUUAGUGUGGUGCAUCCGCUGAAGAAACCACAUCCACCCAACCACCUGCACGUUGCCUCAAUCGAGUCCCAGCUGCGCGACGGACGUAUUGUGGAGAUCCUGGCGCCGACGUCAUUGCUCGAGAAGAAUACGGAGCCAGCCAACAUUGGCCCCAGCAGCACUACAGAAACAGCCACACCCACACUCGAUCCAGCUUCUAUAUCGUCGAUUUCGGUGCUGUCUACCACGGUCUUCCAGGUGCCUGAGAUACAGACCAGCACCACUCGCUUACCCAUGCCCAUGAGCGGUGGCCUAGAGCUUUCCGGCCCGGCGCCACCGCGCACAGAGUCCAAGAUCUCAGACAUACAGAUAGAGGUGUAUGACUCCACGGUGGACUCCAUUGUGGCAUCGACCAACUUCCGCGACAACGAGGGCUACUAUCCGCUGCCAGUGGAAGCGGAGUCGGGCACCACCAGACCACCUCGACCACCAGUGGGACCGCCCCAGGAGCGGUUCACCCAAUAUGUGAUCGACCGCGCCGAUGUCUCCACUCAGCCCGCCUCGGGUGGAUCGCUUCUGGGUAAACCCGAGCCGGCGGCCAUUGAGAUCCACAUCAACGUGUCCGAGGCCUUUGGCAGUGAGAGCGAGGAUCUGGAGUUUUCUUACCGCCAGCCGCAGCCGCAGCUGAAGUCGAGUAAGCCCAGCGACGAGAUUCUCGUGGUUGAGAUCAUCGAUAGCGCCAACGGGGACAACAGCAGCUCAGAGAGCUCGUCGAGUGGCGAGCACAUUAAUCCGAUAUUCACCUUCCGCUCGGAUACGGCGGCUAAUCCCCCUCCUGCGGUGCGUCCGCCCCAGCUCCAGGAUGCGGAUGAGCUCUUUAUGGCAGACCUCAAAGAAGGUGAGGGCGUGCCACGACCACCACCUCCGCCCCCCCCACCGCCCCCACGGAAGCCCAGCAUCGAUCGGGACUCUGACACGAUCUUCUACAUUUCCAACACGGAGGUGAAGGUGGGCGAAUCCCUGCCCACGGGCAGUCCUGGAAGUGAUCAGCUCCAGCAGCAGCGCAAGUUCCAGCUAGAGAACCAGUUCUUCCCGGCCAGCUACGUGAUGGAGCAACAGCAACUGCAACAGCAGCGAUCCUCCCUAGCCACGCCUCGAUACGAGGAGGACAUUAUUCUCUCGCCUGUGCACAACACCGCCGAUGCUUUGAAAAUCUUCCGCAGUACGGGUCCGAGCAGCGGCGAUGGAGCUCCACCUCUGGAUGUCACCUACGUGGGAGAGUCGGUUAUCGAAGUAGAGCAGCAGCCGCAGAGUGCAAGCACCACCCAGGCACCCUUGGGAGGAGGCAGCGGCAGCUCACCCCAGUCAGACAUCAUCAUUCAGCCGGCCGUGCUGCCCGAUCUGGCCAUUGGAGUGCCCGUGAUCGGGGAGCUGCCACCACAGAUCGAACUAAAGGAGAUCGACUAUAUGCCCGGAGAGUUGGGUGGGAUGGGUAUUUACGAGAAUGACAUCCAGAGCAACAGCAUCGGCAUGGGCAUAGGCGUCGACAGUGAUCCGGAUGUGAUUGAGAGCUCGAUCCAGUAUGGAGGAGAUCUCAUCGAUGAUGGGGCAGGCGGCGGCUUCGACGGCGUUGAGGGUUCCUAUCCCUUCGAGAGCCCAUCCCAUCGCCAGUUACAGGAUGGUGACCACCCGGGUCGCGGACAGGAUCAUCAGCCCCGCCAUUCGGCUGUGAGUCAUCUGCACCGCGAGCAACCCCCCAUGGCGGAGCUUGUAAACGCCACUCUGCUGCAGCACAACGAGAACGUUUCGGUUGGGGGAGAGGCUGGGUCUGGGUCCGUCUCGGCCAUGGCCCCUCUCCUCUCCAGCGGUGCUGGCAGUGGGCAGGCGAUGAGCAAUGUCACAGCCCUGUCCGAGGACCAUUUGGACGACUUUGACGGCUAUCUCAAUCUUUUCGCCGUCUCCAUGGGUCUCGUCAUUGUCAUUCUACCCUCGGCCCUGCUGAUCUCCAUGUACUGUGCCAUUCGUUAUAUGCUGAACAAACCCGCUGGAAAGGGGCUGUGCGGCGCCCGUAGCGAUGACAGCGAGCAGGGCAAGGACUCCAAGAAUGAGUCAACACUCUCUGCCACAUCUUCAGCAUCGUCUGGCUCCGCAUCCGCCUUCGCAUCCAUAUCCAACACCGCCACCACAUCCUCCUGUUCGUAUCCCAGGCCAUCGAACAGUGAGAAGUCCAGUCUGGGCCAUCAGCUGGGCUCUGGUCUAGAGAACCUCGAGUUUCGAUUUGAGAUGCCAGAGAUCUGGGGAACGAUGGGCAGCGAUGAAGGUGGUGACUGGAGUAAUGUCAUUGCUCCCAGUGGCUCCGUCACCAAGAUGACGCUCAAAGAUAAUCAUCUCAUUGUUGUCACCGAAGAGCGACACGACAUCUCGAGAAACGCGCGAGAGACGAAGAUGCACACGGACAAGGACGGAGUAUUUGUGGUAGAAGUGGCGCGCGGCAUCGACUCCAAGCAGGCGGCUGACAUCCCCGGCGCCGUUCCCGAGACAACCGAUCUGCCCUUCGACACCAAACUUCAGCAGGCCAACGGUCUGCAAAUAGUGGACGAGCAGACCCUUCCGCCUAGCCACGAGCAGGUCCAGAUCCAUGCCCCACCCAGCGAUUUCGCCAAUCCUAUCCCAGCCCCAUCCAACCCCACUGUUGGAGUCGGGGUCCUCCAUCUCAUCGAAGAGGCGGAGGAGCAGAUGCUGGAGGAUGCUGCCAGGCCACACCAAGAGGGGGCUAUCGCUAUCGCCCAAACUGGACUCUCCCAGUCCGAUCUCAGUUCCACCUCAUCGACCGAUUCCAACAAGCGUUACUCCUACGGCAACCAGGAGCUAUAUGUCAUCGAACAGUCUGGAUAUGCCACCAGUUCACCCACAGCCCAGCCAAUAUUGCCAUCUAUCAAGCCAAAGGAGCACGUCGAGGAUGACCAAGGCCCCAUCGGAGGGGAGCAGAAUGACCCGACUGUAGUUUUGGAUAGCCAAAAGCCUGAGACUAAGAACGACAGUGAGGAGCAGCAAACGAACGAGCAAAAUCAACCAGAGAAAGCGACAGAUCCAGAGCAGAAGACAGACCCGGAGCUAACAACAGAGUCUAAGAUAGAUUCGGAGAUCAAGCUAAGUUCUGGGCCAAUACCCGAAUUGGAGAUGCAGGGCAAACCUGAUCCAGAGAUGAAGACUAAACCAGAGCCGGAGAAACCGUCGAAGCCCCAGUUUGAGAUAAAUGAAGAAGCCAAGCCGGAACAGGAACCGGAAAUCGUAGCCGAAAUGGAUCUCGAACCCGAGAACACUUACGACAGUCUCAUGAGUCUGCCGGCCCCACCAUCCACCGAGGAGAUCAAAGAGCUGAACGAUUUCUCUCUCAUCGAGUCGAACCAACUGGACUCUUUGCCCCCACCGCCACCACCGCCGCUAGCUGAAGCCGACACCACCAAUGGAAAGCCAAAGAAAGAAGCUGAGAAGGAGAAAGAUGGGACAGCAUUUAAGUCCCAGGCUAUCAUCAGCAACGGGAACGGGAUGGUUAAGGUCUCCUCCGACAAUAGUGGUCCAGAGGAGCCGGCCACCCUAACGCCGCCCGCUUCACCACCGUCGCCACAGUCACCGACCACGGGCGUAAUCUAUGGCUCCAACGGCCUCACCAAUGGCCUCCAUACCCUGGCUGUGGUCGAUGUGAACGGCAGUUAAGAAAGGCCAGGUAAGAUCAGAGAUAGAAGAGAUAGAAGAGAUGAUUCCCGAAGAUCCUGUGAGAGAGAAGCAGCAACAGAAGAAGGGAGGAGCGUUUUUUUUGCAUCGGACCUCGUAGAGAUCUCAAAGCGCGAAUAGUUCCCUCUAGGGUGUAAGGAAUACUAGAAAUACUUAAGAUAAUAUCCCAAACGGUGGCAAAGAAAAAACAAAGUGAAACCGAACUCCAAAUGGGGAAAGUGAAAUAUUUAAAUUAAUAUAUACAAGAAAACAAAAAAAAUAAUAGAAAGUUUCCACUUUAAAGUUUGUUGAUUUUCAAAUAUUACGAAUAACAAUUACACGCGAAUAAUAUAAAUAAAUCAUAAUUAAUUGUUUGUCUUUUGUGGCUGGGCCAAACACUGGCCCGACCCACCCUCUCCCUCCCCCGCCCCCGCCCCCAACCCCAAAACACACACCAAGCCCACUCUUCUCACCUUUUGGGGGGAGGGGAAGGGCUAACGCGUACUUAAAUGUUUAUCCUUACCAUAGCUAAAGAGAGAAAAAUAGAACAUUAACAGAAGUAUCCAUUCGAUCUAUGAUAUAAGCAAACGAUAAAAACGUGGCGGAAAAUGCAAUGAAAACAGGCAGAUGCCAAUGGAAACCGAUAAGGCAUGAAUCUAAUAAAUAUGCAAAGCAAAACAGCACGAAACGAAACAGAAUAAUUACAGAUACUCGUACUCGUACUCGUAUGUAUGUAUGUAAUAAUGCAUAAUUAAUUAGUUUUAAUCAUUUACACACAGAAAUGCCAAAUAGUAAUGAGGGAAACACAAUUGUAGCAGAACUAGUUUCGAUUUGUAUGUCUAUUGCCAUACUUCAAAAGGUGCUCUGUGUCGGGCCAACAACUAAGAGAGGGAUCAGUUUGGUCAGAAGUUUCAAUAGAGUAGGGCUUUUAAUUUUCCUCUAUUUUAAUCUGUUCAUUGUUAAUGUUCGUUCAUGUUCCUGGAUUGACGUAGUAAACGAGAAGCCUAUGUAGGCUCAGCGUUGUGUAAGCUUGCGGUUAAAAAAUCCGUUAGGUAGCCUAGUCUGAGCAAUAGCUCUUAUAAUGAAUUGGUUUCAAUUGGGCUCACUUGACAUUUCCAAGUGGACUCAGAUUUCCCAAGAGCUAGAUCUCUUUAAUUCGCUAUGGAAGUACCAUAGCCUAUCAGUAAAAAGUACAUUGCCAAUGCCUUUCAUGCUUUGCAAAUGUAGCCUCCUGGUUAAAGCUUUAGUCUUGGAUUGAGCCAUGUGCUGAAAUUGGACUCGUUUCUAACAAGAAGAACACUUUCAAUCUACGAAUUUCAGCGAAUAUUCCUUAGAGAGGGUUCCUCGUAAGAACUCGUAAAGCAGCCUACUAGACGGUUUCCCCAAAACUCCCGGAAUAUUUCCCGGAAUCUGAACCAAUUGAAUCACGAAUGUCAAGGGCUAUAAUGGUGAUCAGUGUAUUGGUAGAAAGGCAUGCUAGAUGAAUUCGAUUCCAACGGUUUUGCAGUAUUCCAAAAUAAUAUCGACUUUGAGUUGGACACUGUGUCUCAAAACGGCUAGGCACAGAGCACUCUAGAAUAGUCGUAUAUCGCGACUAUGGCUAUUUAGAUAUAAGGUUUUUUUUUGCGUUUCCCAUCUCAAUCCACUUGAUAGAAAUCAAAUGUGCCGAACUUUUGUGGCCAACCGACACAAUUUACAAAGAGAAACGAACCAUUUAUACAAUGCCCAUCCGAUCCGGUGAUUGCGGCGGAAUACUCAUGUAUGUAACCUUUUAACAAACAACACAAGAAAAGCCGAGUUAGUCUUAGAAAUAUGUACGUAUAGUCAAAAUAUGUAUGUGUAUGUAUAUUUUUUAGUCCGUGUGUGGGUGUGUAAAAGAGGACUUCGACUCGCAGCUAAUGCAAAUUAAAUGGCUACCGACAUAGACCUAAGCAAUUGGUAAAUUAUCGUAGUAAAAGGAGAAACUUUUCAAUAUACUAUUUGCCCAAUAUAAAUAAUAUAAACACCUAUAAACUUUAGUAUAUACAUUUACGAGUGUACUAUGGAUGAAUUAUAAACUAUAGAAACUCAACUUCUUAAAAAUAUGGUAUAUACCAAGCGGAGACAUCUACUCGUAUCCGAGCUGGAACGGGAGAAUGAAACAAGAUCCGUGCACUGCAAGUGGCACGUACUUUGUAAGUAGUGAGAAUUAUACGAGAAUAUGCAUGUGUGCCCCGAAUGCAGCGGAUCCGAUACAGUAGACCAGAUCCCAUUCGGAUGGCACUUUUUAGGUGGAACAUAAUCCCUGACUAAAGAUUAACCACUUUCGUUGUUUAAGUUUGUUCAAAUUGUUUUAUUGACAAUUACAAAAUAAAAAAAAAAUAUAUUACAAAAAGAUUACAAAUAUAUGAAAAGAAGAAGAUGUGAGAGAAUGCCAAUGAGAAAAAUAUUAUGAAUAUUAUAAAUGAAUAAGAUUACCUACUCGUAAAUCAAAUAUAAACGUUAGGACAGGGCAGAAUUUUUUUUUGGUCGAAAAAACAAAAAAAAAAUAAGUAAAUGUGAUUGUUAUUUAACCUUAAGUUAUUAUUAAAACCUAACUUAAACUGAUAUGUGUGUUUAAGCAGAUAGAAAACAACAAGAAGAAGAACAAGAACAAGAACAAGAACAAGAAACCAGCUGAAAGGCCAAAAGGAUCGAAACUAAACCAAACGAAGGAAAAUAAAUUAAGUAAAACGGAUCUAAUCGGAUCGGAUCGAAUGCAAGGCAAGGGAACGCUCCUUGAACAAAUAGCUAACGGUAAAUGGCAGCUGGCAACUAAGUAAAACGGUAAAUGACAGCUGGCAACUAAGUAUGUAAGGCAACUAACCGAGAGAGCAUGCAUGCUACCCAUAGAUGCAAUAAACCGAUAUAAAUGAAAUUCAAUAUUAAGAAAAAUUGCAACCAAAAAAAGGAAAAUACACACAAAAGAAAAGUAAA